GCAGAUAUUGUUAGGGGUGUAGAUACAGCAGCUCUGUGCUCUGUACACUCACAUGUUGUUACACUAAGAAGGUAGAUGUGUUCUCUGAUCAUGGAUAAUGUGUCUAAUGUAAGAAGUUUCAUUCUGUCAGGAUUUAAUGAGACAAUGAAUUUCAGAGUACCCCUCUUCACAUUCACUUUACUGUAUUACUGCAUGAUUUUAUUUAUCAAUAUCUCUCUUGUGCUGCUUAUUUUCUUGGAUGAAAACCUGCAUGAACCUAUGUACAUUUUACUAAGUAGCUUUUGCAUUAACGCAAUUUAUGGGACCACAGGUUUCUACCCAAAAUUCCUUUCAGAUUUACUGUCGUCUUCUCAGAGAAUCUCAUAUGAAGGGUGCCUUUUACAAGCUUUUGUCAUAUAUUCAUUUGUCUGCUGUGAUUUGUCCAUUUUAGCUGUCAUGGCCUUUGACAGGUAUCUGGCUAUAUGUCGACCUCUGCACUACCACUCUUUUAUGACUAACAGGAGGCUCUCACAGCUGGUAUGUUUCUCCUGGCUAACACCUUUAUGUAUUUUUGCCAUCAAUGUCCUGCUAACAUCAAGACUGAAGUUAUGUGGUAUAAACAUUCGGAGAGUCUUAUGUGUAAACUGGUUAAUUGUUAAACUUGCUUGUCCUGAAGCUGAAACCUUUACAAACAACAUCACAGCAUAUGCAACAGUUAUCAUUUAUGUGUCUCAUGGUUUUUUUAUAAUGUGGACUUACACACAUCUCAUUAAAACAUGUGCGAGGUCCAGAGAGGACAGAGAAAAGUUUAUGCAGACCUGCCUGCCCCACCUGACCUCUUUGAUCACAUUUAUAGUUGUGAUGGGUUUUCAGUCGAUAUAUGUGCAAUUUGAGUACACCGGUUUUUCUGAAAGUCUCAAAAACUUCAUUACAGUUGAAAUUCUCAUCAUCCCACCUUUUAUGAACCCUCUCAUGUAUGGAUUCAAACUCACCAAAAUACGAAACAGAAUCAUGACUUUACUUAAAUCUUAAAAGAACCUAACUUACAUCAAACUUAGUUUACUUAAAAACAAGAAAGAAAGAAAGUAAAAUGCAGUAAAGAAUGCACCAUGUGAGCUACUCUGUUAUAGAUGACUUAUAAGGACAAGUCUUACUAUGUUUUACUGUUUUUGACAAAGAUCAAUUGAUAAUGUUCCAUGUUCUGUUUUCUCAGGAAAUGUGACAUUGAGUUUUGUAUUUUUAGUUUUAGUUUUUGUUUUCUACUUUUUACUUCUUUUUUUUUUUUAAAUUUAUGCACUUUGUAGAUAAAUGGUAAUAGAUAAAUAAAUAAAACAGUGUCUGUGGUUAAUAUUUGCUCCAUGUUUCAGUCAGCAAAGCCUAUGGCUCAUCCCAGAGCAAUAGUAAGCACUGACAUGCUCUUAUAGAUCAUUAUCAUGCUAAAAGAUCAUCUCUUGUCACUUAAAUACAUUUUUUCACAGAAUUUUUAAAAAGUGCAUCCAAAAUUCUUUGCACAUUUAAAAAAAUGUAUUAUGCUAUUAUUAACUAUUGAUCCAUUUUAAAUUAUACAGCAUGGAAUCCAGUCCCUUGCAACCCUGAACUAGAUAGGCCAGUGGACUGAUAGAUGAGCCUUCAUUUAUUUUUCAUCUUUAAUCCUGUCUGUCUUAUUAUUUGAGUUUAAGGUGUAAUUGUGUCUGACUCUAAUUGUCACAUUCAUUACGAUGUAAAUUUGUGUUGCUGUUUACAGUAGAGUGGUAGGAAGUACAAUGCUGUUCAAAUCAAAGUAAUUUUAGCUGAUAAUGUUGUUUAGAGUCAUAAUUAUUGUGUUUUCUGUGGUUCGAAUAUUAGUUCAUUCAAAUCUUUGGGUACUUCUGUAGCCUUGUUACAUUGUACACUUAUAACAAAAAUCUAAUCAGUUAAACCUUACAUUGGGUGUGGUCUAAUCAAUUUGUUAUGCACUUUAAAUUGAAUAUUUGAA